UUUUGCUUCAAUUUGUUUUUCAUAUAGAGUCUCACACUUUUGUCUGGGCUGGCCUUAAGCCUGGAUCCUCUUACCUCCACCUCCUGAUAACAGACAUGAGGCAUCAUGCUCAGCCUAGGCAUUCUUCUUGAGUCACUCUUUACUCUUAAACCUUUAGAAGCUUCUUACUUCCCACUUAAGUGCCAUCAAUCCCACUCCCCUCUCUAUGUCCCCAGUAAGUGCCUCUCUGUUCUUAUCAGACUAACCCAGAAAGAAGCUUUACUGAGAUCUGAUUAUUAAUCACCACUCAUGCUAAUUCUGUCCCAAAGACAUCUUUACUCUUCCUGUCCAGCAGUUGAGUACCAUCCUUCAAAUCCAAGAAACCUGCUCCGUCCCUAUGGUUCUAGCCCUCAAGGAUCAACCUAUAGCUAAACUGUCACGGCCUUCAGCAGUCACUCAUUCUGCACUUGCAUUUGCUCUUUUGUCUGUUGUCAUCUCCCCAACUAGACUGAGAGCUGCUUGAGGGUUUCUAUCACAAAGGACACCUGGUACCUUUCCAGACAUAUAGAGCUCACCAAUGAGUACAAGAGGAUGGACAUAAUACAGAUUGAUUUCUGUGACUCUUAUUAGCCAGUCGUACUUUCCACUUCCAAGCUUUAUGGUAUAAGGGAUGCUGAGAAAGAAUUACUUCUCUGCAGUGACAUCCCAAAGACUUCAGUGAAAUGUCUGGUGUUUUCUGGUUAGUGUUGCUGCUGAUUCUGAGUCACUACUCAUUUGUGGAGACUGUAAGCCUCACAUUAUGAUUCACAUUCUAAAAAUGGGGUGAAGUUUUUACUGAGGAACUAAUUCCAGUCUGAACAUAGUCUAACCAUUAUUGGGUCUCUGUGAGUUUUGUGCUGCUCGCAUAGCACUUCUCAAGGUCUAGUGUCUUAUGGUUUCUUGGCCAUAGUGAUUCCACAGCAAAAGCCUAGAAUGCAUUUCACAGGGCUGUGAUGGAGGGUUUCCUGUAGCAAAUGUUCCACCAGCCUUUCUUGGGACUACUCAUUUUCUAUAACUAGCUCAUAUCUGAUCUGGGAUGGGCAGGCUAAGGAAGGGUAAGUAAAUUUUCAGGCAACUUUUUGAGCAAUGGUCUUGGUUUCUUAGCUAGAAUAUGUAUCUGUGUAUAAAGAAAAAGUUUCAGAACUAGCCUUCAGGGCCCUGUAACUGAGUGCUUGACUCCACUUAGAAUCUAGGAGAGCUGCUCUAACAAUGACUGAAAAAAGAAAUCACUAAAUCCAGAAUGUGUAAGUGAUAGAAAUGGGUGACUUUAUGAAACCUGUGCUCUAGUCCUAAGACUUCCACUAACAAGCUGUGCAACUGGGGUGAGGCAUUUAACAGCAGCAACAGUGAUAUGUGAUGCUGAUGUUUAUAAAGGUUUUGAAAUGGGGCCUGUUACAGAGUAAGCUUUCUGUAAGGUCACCUGCUAUUAUUGUCACUAUUAUGGAGCACUUAUUACACCCAGUACUAAGCUCUGACAUAUAUUACCUCAUCUAAUCCUUAAAAUUAUGAAGUGAGUUUUGUUAUUCUUGCUACAUAGGGGUGAACAGAGAUUUAAAGAAGGUGAGUUAUGAGUUCAAGAUUAUACAGGACUCAAAUCUGCACACCUGACUUCUCAGCCCAUGUACUCCAUCUCUCUUAUUAAGCUUGAUUUCCUGUGCCUCAGUUUUCUCACCAUUAAACUUGGGAGCUGCACUACUGAUCUUUAAAACUCCCUAAUUCUAAAUGUUCUGUUUUUCCCUGUUACCUUCAUCUUUUCCUUCUCUUUAUCCCUUCCUCCCUCCCCACCCCACUUAUCCAUGGAUUUUGCUGAGUUCAUCAUCACGGGAUCAGCAGGAUGUUCUCCCCAUUGAGUGAUUUCUGCUUGGCAGAUGAUGCAAAGGCAGGAAGAGCUAAUCUGCCUACGUUCUGAGUAUUGCCCUUGGCAAGACCCCUGAAACAGACGGUAGGCACAAGUCUACUGUACUGCCAUACACCCCAUCUACCCCAGACACUAUUCUGGAGUCCACCUGAGGUCAGCAGUGUGAAGAUGACCAGAACCUUCUUUUUAGCAUGACGACCUUGGAUCAUGUGAUUGCUACCCAUCAGUCAGAGUGGGUCUCCUUCAAUGAAGAGCCACUCUUUCCUGUCCCCUCUGAGGGGGCCACUGAAGAACACUUCCCAGGACUCUUAUCUUCUUCAGACCAGUCUGAGAGCUCCUCUGGGGAGAACAAUGUGGUGGAUGGAGGCUCUCAGGACCUUUCCCAUUCUGAGCAGGAUGACUCUUCUGAAAAGAUGGGUCUCAUCUCUGAAGCAGCCUCCCCUCCUGGGAGCCCUGAGCAGCCUCCUGACCUGGCUUUGGCCAUCAGCAACUGGGUUCAAUUUGAAGAUGACGCAACCUGGGCUAGCACCUCACCACCUCAUAAGGAAACAGUUCUCCCAUUGACCAUGCCCUGCUGGACAUGCCCUUCCUUCGACUCCCUGAAGAAAUGCCCUCUGACUUCCGAAAGCAGCUGGACCACCCAUUCAGAAGACACCAGCAGUCCUAGUGUGGGCCCUUCCUAUACAGACCUGCAGUUCAUCCAGGUGGAGGAGCAGGCCAGCGGCAGGGCUUCUGGGGCUGACUCAACUGACAAUUCCUCCUCCCUCCAGGAAGAUGAAGAGGUAGAGAUGGAGGCCAUCAGCUGGCAGGCCAGCAGUCCAGACAUGAAUGGACAUCCUGCCCCUUCAGUGACCUCUGCUCGUUUCCCCAGCUGGGUUACUUUUGAUGACAAUGAAGUCAGCUGCACUUUGCCACCAAUCACCUCCCCUCUGAAAUCAAAUACACCAUCUAUUACACCUGUGACCCCAGAUGUACCUUAUAACUCAACUGGGUCAUUUAAGAGGGACCGUCCCAAGAGCACUUUGAUGAGCCUCUCCAAAGUUCAGAAGCUAGACAUCUCCUCCUUAAACCAUUCACCUUCCAUACCUGAGGCACCACCGUGGAGAGCAACCAAUCCUUUCCUGAAUGAGACUCUACAGGAUGUACAGCCCUCCCCUAUCAACCCUUUCAGUGCUUUCUUUGAGGAACAGAAGCGGCGCUCCCAAAACAGUUCUAUUUCCAGUGCCAUGGGCAAAAGCCAAAGGGAUUCUCUCAUUGUCAUCUAUCAGGAUGCCAUCAGUUUUGAUGAUUCCAGCAAAAAUCAGUCACACUCUAAUGCUGUUGAAAAACUCAAACAACUCCAAAUUGAUGAUCCCGAUCACUUUGGCAAUGCAACACUACCUGAUGAUGACCCGAUUGCCUGGGUUGAACUAGAUGCUCACCUGUCUGGAUAUGCUCUGUCCCAGCCCAGGGAUGGUUGGCCAAUGAUGUUGAGGAUCCCUGAGAAGAAAAACAUCAUGUCCUCCAGGCACUGGGGACCAAUCUACAUCAAACUAACAGACAGUGGUUACCUGCAGCUGUAUUAUGAGCAGGGUCUAGAAAAGCCAUUCCGUGAGUUCAAGCUGGAGACCUGUCAUGAGGUUUCUGAACCCCGGCUUCAAAACUAUGAUGAGAAUGGGAGGAUCCAUAGCUUGCGGAUAGACCGUGUCACCUAUAAGGAAAAGAAGAAAUACCAGCCGAAACCCGCCGUGGCCCACACAGCGGAGAGGGAACAAGUGAUUAAGUUGGGCACCACUAAUUAUGAUGACUUUCUGAGCUUUAUCCGGGCAGUUCAGGACCAUCUCAUGGACCUGCCAGUCUUGUCAAUGGACCUAAGCACAGUUGGCUUGAACUACCUUGAAGAGGAGAUCACAGUGGAUGUCAAGGAUGAAUUCUCUGGUAUUGUAAGCAAAGGAGACAACCAGACUCAACACCAAGUCUUGACACGGAUUCACAUUCUGAGUUUCCUCUCUGGACUUGCAGAGUGCCGCUUGGGCCUCAAUGAUGUUCUCAUCAAAGGAAAUGAAAUAGUUUCUCGACAGGACAUCAUGCCCACCACCACCACAAAGUGGAUUAAGCUCCAUGAGUGCCACUUUCAUGGAUGUGUGGAUGAAGAUGUAUUCAACAGCUCUCGAGUUAUUCUGUUCAAUCCUUUGGAUGCAUGCCGGUUCGAGCUAAUGCGAUUCAGGACAGUGUUUGCUGAAAAGACUUUGCCCUUCACACUCAGGACGGCAGCAAGCAUCAAUGGGGCGGAGGUGGAGGUACAGAGCUGGCUGAGGAUGUCAACUGGCUUCUCCUCUAACCGUGAUCCUCUCACUCAGGUUCCUUGUGAGAAUGUAAUGGUUCGUUACCCAGUGCCUAGUGAGUGGGUGAAAAACUUCCGCAGGGAAAGCGUCUUGGGGGAAAAGUCUUUGAAAGCCAAAGUUAACCGGGGGGCAAGUUUUGGCUCAACUAGCAUCUCUGGCUCUGAGCCUGUUAUGAGAGUAACUCUGGGAACAGCCAAGUAUGAGCAUGCCUUCAACUCCAUUGUGUGGAGGAUAAACCGACUGCCUGACAAAAACUCAGCGUCUGGUCACCCACACUGUUUCUUUUGCCACCUUGAACUUGGCUCUGACCGGGAAGUGCCUUCCAAAUUUGCCAGUCACGUGAACGUGGAGUUCAGCAUGCCCACGACUUCUGCCUCCAAAGCUGCUGUGAGAUCCAUCUCGGUGGAAGACAAGACUGAUGUCAGGAAGUGGGUCAAUUAUUCCGCACACUACAGCUACAAGGUGGAAAUUGAACAAAAAAAGAGUUUGAAGCCAGACUUUGAAGGAGAUGAAAUGGACAAUCCCAAGGAGUGUGGGAUACAGUGACAAAGAGCUACUAUAUCAAGGAACCCUGACCCAAGAGUCAUGACAGAGUGUCUUCUGAAUAGCUGAAGUUUAAGUCAAUCCUGCUGGGGCCACUCCAUGAUAAGAAUAGUCUGUCAGCUUCCUGUUUGCAGUUACCUGUAUUUUAACAGGAACCUGAGGCGGUUGCUUUGGAGAGGCUCAUUGACUCUGCUCACACCUGAAGCAUGUGGUUCACCUGACUUUUGGAGCUUAUUGUAUAAUUAAGCUGCUUUUCCUCAUUUCCGCUUAUGUUGCAGCAUUGGUAUAUAGUUUGUGGCAGUAGUAUCUGGAAAAGAAUCUCCAACAUCAGUGCUGGCACGAUUUAUUUCUGAUAUUCAUCUGUCACUCAUGAGUUUCUGGAAAAAGCAGUCUUGAGAAGUUAAGAAUCCAUCUCUGUCACUCUUUCUAUAAAAGGUUUAGAAAAGGUUCAAAGCAAAUUUUCCUUUGAGUCUACUAGACCUUUUGUAGCAAGUCUCCAAUCUUAAAAUGUAACACUAUGCAUCCAAAGUUUUCCAGAUGUGUCCUUCCUGGUUUGAGAUUGUUUAUAUGUUUUCUAAACAAUCCUAAUAUAUCCUAAGUCAAAAUAGACAAGGGGAAAAAAGACCCAAUUGAAUAUUUUUUAUUCAGUGAUUGGACCUACAUUCUAUAAACAGAUUGGAUUGGAUUCACAUUGUGUUGAAGGGAAAGCAAUGAACUUGUCUUCAUUUUGUGGAACAGGGUAAGAUUAUAUUCAGUUCAGGAGACAGAUUCAAUCCUGUGAAUUCCCAAAUGCACACUGAAAACUAUUUACCACUUCUUAUUCCUGAAACAUGUGAAUAAAUGCCCUUAAGCAUUUGUCAGGUGCAUUUGUGAGUUCUUUUAUACCUCAUAGCUAACAAACUGUUGUGUGUCUCUUUAACCAACUUUACAGGAAAUUCAAGCUGAAAAGAUAAUUUUUAUAACCAAGCUUAAAUGAGCUUUCCCCCAAAAUUCAAUUUGAUAAUCAUAGUAUUACAAUACAUCAAAAAGGCAGAAGACUGUAUGGUAGGGAUGGGGAAAAGCCACAUUUCCCAAAGUUGUGAACAUUAAAUCCUGAUUCCAAGAGUUAGGACACUCAGUCUUCUUUUUCUUCAUCUGCUCCUGCCUACCUCUGCUUCUUAUUUGUACCAUGGUGUUUUCUCUCAUAAAGAAUAGAGUGAGAGUACAGAAAGCACACUUUAUCAGAUUUGUAGAUGAUACAGAAAUAGAUAAUAUUUCCAGUUUCUGGCUGACAGAUUGAAGAUUAAUUUAUUCAAUGAACAUUCAUUGAAUUUUAUGUACUGACACUAAGUUAUAGAAAUCAUCAGUGUUUUAAAGGAAGCAUAGGACUGAAACUAAAAGGAUGAGAUUGAAUAGGCAUUAAUGAGAAACCCUAUAUUCUCAAGUUUUUAUAUUUAAAAUGCAGCUGUCAGAGUACAGAGUUGAGUGUGUAUGAGAGUGUUUUUGUAUCUGUAUUUGUGUGCUUAUGUGUAUGUGUUGGUGAGAAGGGUGUUUGGAAGACCUGGUUUUCCAGCAGUUCAUGUAGAAAUGUUUUCUUAAGGAAAUGGAAAUUCAAUUUUUAAUUGUGGGUAUAUCAUUGCUAUUCACAAAGCUAAUGUAUUCACUCUCAAUCUGUGUUAAAAGAUGUUUAGAGAACUCUGCAUGAGGUAUUGGCCAGUACAUAUCUAAAUGGAGUGUUGGGUUCAAUUACAGAUACUCUACUUUAAGAGAAACAUUUAUAAGUUGAUUGUGUCCACAGACAAAUGUACAGGGUUGUGAAAGUCUGAUUAUAUAAAACUAAUAGAGCUCCCCUAUAGAACAGAAAGUACAGCUGGGAAUGGAGUGCAGAGAAGGUGAGAAUGAUAUAAUAGCUGCCUCAACAUUUCUGUUGAGCUAUAAAAAGGGAGGAAUUAGAUUUGUUUAGUAUAGCUUCAUGCAAGAAAAGUAAGAACAAAGAAGAUCUUUUAGAUAAGAUGUUUGCUUCAAUAUAAGAACUUUCUAAUAAGCAUUGUUCUAAAGAGGUGAAAUGUGCUGUUGUUAUGAAUACACAAGUGUUAAAAUAACCACCUAUCCCAGGUGCUAUGAAAGUGACUCUCACAUUGGAUUUGAGCUGGAUGAAGACCAAGAUCCCUUCCAAAUAGUCUCAAAGGAAUGAGCCUAUCUAACCCCACAAUUUGUAAGUGUUUCAAUGCUAUUUGAAAUGCAAUGAAGUCUCCAAAAGGAGUUUCUCAAGGGAUUUCAGAGCAUAUCCUUUCCUCUGUUUUACUAAAGACACUUAAGAUUCCUCACAGGAUGCCCAGUAGGUUAGGGGAGUGACAAGAGGAAUGAAGGCCAUCUAUCCCAGAACUUACUUACCCACACUUAGCACCGUGUCAAGAUCUGUGUCCACCUGCUAGCAUCAUGCAUAUUACCUGUUGAAUCUCAUUCCUUCUCCUCGAUUAAUUCUCAUUGCCUUCAUACUUUCACCUGGAUUGUUUUUUGUUUUGUUCUGUUUUUUAACCAAGAGGUGGGAAAACCCUUUGUAUGCUUUUUUAUUCAGCAAGCAAAUUAUUCCUAAUUUUUAAAAACCUAUCUUAAUUCCAUCAAAUUUGUUUUGCCUCUGUUACUUUUAGGGAACUGGUUAUGAGUAAUAUUUAGAGGACUGGAGGAUAUAAUGCAAUAUGUCUUGAGUGUUUUACUAAUAACCUACAUUAAAAAGAAAAAAACCAAAAAACAAAAUUGGGCAACUUUUUGAUGUGCAGAUUCUACACUUACCAUCCUGGACCUAAGUUUUUCUAAAAAUUCCUAGUCUAUGUUAUCAAUAACGUGAAAAUAUUAAAAGUUAAUUCAUUUUACCAACACAUAGUAUUACUAUUAAAAUAUAAAUUAGAUGUCAUAUAAUAUCAAGAGCUCUUCUUUCUUUUGAGUCUAGGGCUUGCUUUUUCAACCUUACAGUGAAAGAAGACAAGACAUGUAUAUGUUAUAAUAUAUAGAACAAGAGAAUUGAGACAUUUUGAGGGGGACCUUUAAACCCCCUUUGCCUGCUCUUAUAGACGUAGUGCUAGUUAUCCCAUAUCAAAAGUUUGCACUUUGUUCAUUUUAAAUAUUAUCUGCAUGGUUUUAUUGAGUUUUCCUUUUUUUCAUAUUUAAUUAUUCCCCUUUCUACUUUGCUGCACUAUUAUCAAGGCUCAUAAUCCUUAAACAUUUUUUAUUUAAAAUAUUUCUUACUGGAAAUGUGUCUAAAUUCUAUUCAAAUCCAGUGGUUGGAAUCAGUUUAUUUCCCUAGAAACUCAUGUUCCUGGGAAAUGUGACACAUGAAGAAAAGGAGUUUCCCUUAUUCUUUGUGUUUCUAAUACUUAGCACAAAGCUUGAAAUACAAUAGGGUUCAGCUGCCUUAAAUCCUUACUGGUAUGGCAAACAUAUUCAUGGAAUAAAGGAAAAUGGUUAGGUAUUCAUACAUGAUUAAGUAUUAUAAAUGUUUGUUGGACACUGAUCCUAAGACUCUGAGACUACUUAACCCUUAUUAUCAAGUAUAUAUCAAAUACAUAUUAAAGCAAGCAAGCAGCUUUUAUUAUUAUUAUGGAGGACUUAAUUUUGCUUUCCUUUUAUUCCUGCCUCCAGGGUCAACUAAUAAUAACUGUCAGCACUUAAGCACUCAAUUUGCUGUUGAAUUUGAACUAUAAUGUUCUUACUCAUAUUGAGAAAUACUUUUGUGCUCAAAGGUGUAGUAGCAAAGUUGUUGUCCAUAGUUAGAUUACUGAUUCAGUUUCACUGCUGCCACACAGAUCUUUGAGCCUCAGUCUUGCCCAUUAAAAUAGCCAAUGGGAAGCCUAGCAUGGUGGUACAUGCCUGAAGUCCUAGCAUUUGGGAGAUGGAGGUAGGAAGAUCAAGAGUUUGAGGCCAGCAUGGGUUGUAUAGUGAGUUCAAGGGUAGCCUGGGCUAUGUAGGGAGACCUUGUCUCUAAAAAAAAGAAUGACCAGUGGGAGAAGACCACUGAUAAGAGUUCACUGCUAGUUUUGGUUCUCCUCAACAUUAACCAACCGAUGUUACUGUGUGUUUAUUAUGUCACCCAUAGUAAGAUUAGACUUGUCAGAUGAAAUCAUGAUAAUUUCAAAGGUGAUUUAUUUUCAGUCUAGUAGUAGAAAAACAAAAUGAACUGAUUUUUUUUUUCUUGAAAGCCUUGGGAAUUCUUAAACUGGUGUGAGUAAGAAGCAGUACCAUCCACCUACUUUUACAGAUUCUCCCAGUUUGAAAUGGUAAUUUUAACUGUUUUAAUGAUUAUUAUA